AUGGUCACCAAGUCCAGGUUAUCCCCUUUUGCUAACACCGGGGGUAGGAAGGAGAGGAAGACGAUGGAACAAUUUUCGGAUAUACAGGCUGCCUCGUCAGCGAACAGUCGGAAUUUGAGAGACUUUACAAAAUGGUUUUCUUUGAUUGAUGCUUUGAUGUUGUCCAGGAAGAGGGCUUUGAUGCCUGUAAAGAAACUGAGGAAUUCUUUGAUUGCAAACAGCAAGUUGCAUAGGACUUUGUAUGGAUUCAUCGUGUUUGAGGUUGCAUGGGGAGAUGUGCGUGGUAUUAACUAUUUGAAUGAGCUUCAGACUGAUACAUCACUUGCGAUAGAGGCUAAAGUCAUGAGGAGAUGGGAAUUUGAUAGCAUAGCUCAAGCAGCUAGGUCAAUAUUCUCUUGGUUCCCAGGGACACUCGAUGAACAGAUUCUCUUGGAAGAGCAUUUAGAUGCUGUAUUAGGAGAGGUUUUCCAUGAUGCUCAAGAAAGAUUCCCCCGAGCUAACGAUGACAUCAUCAAUGACGAAAUGUGCACCGGAGAUGAAUCCCUCUGUUUCAAUGUCUAUCCAGUGACAACGAAGAAUAGGUUUAGUAGAUUAAUCACGCCACCUCCACUGGACGCUCCUUACAAAAGGAGGAAAGUCAUGACACCAAUAUAUUGUGAGCUCGGGAUUUCUUCGGGAGAAGAAACAGAUAAUAACGAAACAGUCGAAAUUCUUCCUCAUCAGGCCCCUGACCUGAAUAAUUCCGAAGAAAUACCUAAACCCACAUUGUACAGAGAUGUUCUGAUUUUAUUCCGGUUCAAUGAUAGAGACCUCCCGUUCAAACUAAAAGACAUAAUCAUGUCCGAUUUGCGGCUACUUACCUUACUCGAAGCUGGACUUCCUUCUUGGGUUAUCUUCCUUCAGUCUUACCCGGUAUUUUGCCAUUUUUAUCGCCCGUGGAUGUGCCCUCUGGCUAGAGCCUUAUAUGUCUUCAUAUCUAUUAUAACAGUCCUCAUCGGAUUUUACGAUUUGUACAAAAACGUGCCCCUCCUCAAGGCAACAGCCUCGAGUUUAUUCGGACCCUUUUUCGACUGGAUAGAAAAGUUGGAGAUGAUUUCGAGGAUUAAGUAUUUAGGAACAAUGUUGUUUCUUCAUAAUUUUCAGAAGGCAGUUAAGUGGUUCCUCAUGGUGACUCGGACCGCUCGUACGUGCCUAUCGUUCGUUAUAGAUCCAAUGGCCGGGCCUUUUGCUGAGGUCAUGGAGUUUUUUGUACCCAUUUGGAGCAUUUUUGUGAAGCUGGCUGAGAGUUUCUUCUCGGUGACAUGGAUGGUGAUCGAGUCUUGUUUCACGAUGGUAGGGGACAUUAUAGAGAUUUUACUGCUUCCAGUUUGGUACAUUUUGGGGGUUGUAUGGAAUAUUGCAACAUCUGUUAUAUACCCUACAUUCUGGAUUAUAUGGGAAAUUCUAUACGCUCCGAUUCGGCUAGUCCUUGGGUUUUGUAGCCUUGUGGUGCAUAUGUGUAAAUUUGUAUACGAGUUGGUUGGAGACUUAUUGCUGCUUUCAAGUAGGAUUUUUAACUUAACGAGCGAGGUCGAGUCAACAGUGAGCUCGUAUGAGGUCUCGAUGUGGCGUUCGCUUUGGAAUGACCUUUUCUCCCAGGUUUUCCGUGCUCUGCGGAGUAUCCUUAACGGCUUUGUGGCUUUCUUUGCUGCUUGUAAUCGACACCGCCUUAGCAUUUAUAAUCAUAUGAAGGGUGUCAACAACAGAUUAACAUGUGCCGCUCGAAGAACAAGAAGUCCCGAAAGGCAUACUCAGAUCGGACAGAGUCCAAAAGCUCACACAAUAAGUCCACUAAGUAGGAAAGAAUUCCAGCAGAAUCACGUAAAAUCGAAGAAGACAAGAUGA